GAAGAAGAGACGUAUGUGACUGAUAUAAAGGCAGAAGAUAUAGAGGGAGAAGAAGAGACGUAUGUGACUGAUAUGAAGGCAGAAGAUAUAGAGGGAGAAGAAGAGACGUAUGUGAGGGGUGAUCAGCAGUGUAAGGAGGAGGAGAUCCCUACAGAUAUCAGCACAGCAGAUGAACACACAAGCAGGAAUAUCUCAGAAGGACAUCUAAUAUCAUCCCAGGAUUGUGAAAUAAAAGAUGACAGUAGACAGGAUUCUCCAGGAACUAAUCUCAUUACCCCAAUUGUACAUCCAGCUCUAUCAGCUGAUCCCUCUGAUCCUGGGAAAUGUUCUCCUGAUCACUCUGAUAUUGGUGCAUCUGUUCCAGCUCUGAGAGUAGAUACAGUGUUUCCCUGUUCUAUAGAUGCCAGAUGUUUUACACAGAACACAAAGCGUAUUACCCAUCAGCCAGUUAAGGCAGGCGAGAGGCAAUUUCCAUGUUCUGAGUGUGGGAAAUGUUUUGCACGGAAAUUAUUUCUUGUUCACCAUGAGAGAAGUCACACCGGAGAGAAGCCAUUUUCUUGUUCCGAGUGUGGAAAACGUUUUUCACACAAGUCAUAUCUUGUUAUGCAUGAGAGAAGUCACACCGGAGAGAAGCCAUUUACAUGUUCUGAGUGUAGAAAAGGUUUUUCACAGAAAUCAACUCUUGUUCAACAUGAGAGAAGUCACACCGGAGAGAAGCCAUUUACAUGUUCUGAGUGUGGGAAACGUUUUGCACUUAAAUCAACUCUUGUUAGACAUGAGAGAAGUCACACCGGAGAGAAGCCAUUUACAUGUUCUGAGUGUGGGAAAUGUUUUACACAGAAAUCGAAUCUUGUUCAACAUGAAAGAAGUCACACCGGAGAGAAGCCAUUUUCUUGUUCUGAGUGUGGAAAAGAUUUUUCACACAAGUCAUAUCUUAUUAUACAUGAGAGAAGUCACACCGGAGAGAAGCCAUUUUCAUGUUCUGAGUGUGGGAAACGUUUUGCACUUAAACCAACUCUUGUUAGACAUGAGAGAAGUCACACCGGAGAGAAGCCAUUUUCAUGUUCUGAGUGUGAAGAAUGUUUUACACAGAAAUCAACUCUUGUUAGACAUGAGAGAAUUCACACAAGUGAGAAGCCAUUUCCAUGUUCUGAGUGUGGGAAAUGUUUUACACGGAAAUCACAUCUUGUUCAACAUGAGAGAACUCACAGAGGUGUGAAGCCAUUUGCAUGCUCUGAGUGAUUAAUAAAUCAGCUCUUGUUGGACACAGUAGACAUUACACAGGUGGGGAACCAUUUUAAUCUUCUGGAGUAUACUCAUCUUCACCAUUUCCCUGCAUUGUUCCUUCAGGUUUUAUCCUAUGUCCUGUGGGUUUUUUUUUACAAUAUACAUGCUGCUACUGGGUGAAAUAAUAAGACGUCAUGUCCUCCUUUACCUCUACUAUGCAGAUAACCUGUCUUUGCUCCGGGUACUGAAAACAAUACCAAUACUAAAUGUCUAGCUGAGCUCCAGGUGUGGGUGAUGCCAGUAGGCCGUGACUCAGUCCUAGUGAAACAGGUCCAUAUGCUAAUGCUGCCGACUCUCCUGUCUUCCGAUUACUUCCUCCCAUGCCUAUCCAAGAUUUUUCACGUGCUGCUCCCUUUCUCUGGAAUUCUUUACCUCUCCCCCUCAGACUGUUACCAGCAGUACCAAGAAUCUGCCGUAAUUAAUUUGUGGUUGAUCUGUUAGCUAUGCAGCCCUGACCAUGGAACCUGCUGCCUCGCACAGUCCAAGAGACCUCCACCCUGGUGACCACAAACAGACUGAUGACUGUUACUCACAUAUUUCAUUAAUGUUCCUUCACUUCCUAAAUAUACAUCCCACAUGCUGAGGUCUUUAUUCUGUUCUA